CUACACAUUUGAGUAAUGCCUUUCGUUCCUGCAUCUGAACUUAAUUGCGCUGUCCCCACUGCUCUGCAGUACGUUGUGAGAAACACUCGUGACUGCACCGUCGAAGAACGUAGUGAGGUUUUGGAGAAGACUGAGUACAACAUGUUCUCUUUCCCCUCUCCCCUUAUCACUGUCGACUAUCUUUCUGACUCUGGUUCUUCCUCGAUGACCGAUAUUCAGUGGUGUGCUCUGAUGCGUGGAGAUGAAGCUUACGGUCGUAAUCAUGGAUAUUACUGCCUUCUGGAUGCUGCGCGUGAUCUGUUCGAGCGUGGUGAUGAGCAGAGAAGACUUGUGUACAAGGUGCUGACCGACGAGGCCACCAACGAGGAGCUGAUCAAGGAGCUCCUGGAGCCUUGCGAGGGAGGCUUUGUGAACGGAGGAGUGUUCCAGCUGGAGCGCCCCAACUUCUUCAUCUGCCCGCAGGGUCGUUGCGCUGAGAACCUUCUGUACCAGUCGGUGCGCAAGGUGCUGAUGGAGCGCACUGGCGACAAGGUGAAGUACACGAUCCCCAGCAACGGAUUCUUCGACACCACCGAGGGAAACGCUCGUAACAACCUGUUCCAGCCGGUGAAUCUGUUCUCGAAGAACCUGUACGACCCGUUCCCCGUGGAGAAGAUGUGGACGGAGAACCCCUUCAAGGGCAACAUGGACCUGGAGGGUCUGGAGGCCGUGAUCCAGGAGAAGGGCGUGGAGACGAUUCCCUUCGUGCUGCUGACGAUCACCAACAACACGGGAGCCGGUCAGCCCGUGUCGCUGAAGAACAUCAAGGAGGUGAGCGACAUCUGCAAGAAGUACAACCUGCCGCUGGUGUUCGAUGCCUGCCGAUGCGUGGAGAACGCGCGUUUCAUUCAGGAGUUCGAGGAGCCGUACAAGACCUGGUCGAUUCCUCGCAUUCUGAAGGAGUGCUUCCAGUACUGCGACUGCUUCACCAUGUCCCUGAAGAAGGACGGUCUGGUGAACAUCGGCGGUCUGCUCGCCUUCCGUGAUCGCGGCGUGUUCUCGCAGAAGUUCUCGACCGACAAGGUCCAGAUCGGAACGCGCAUCAAGGAGCAGCAGAUUCUUCAGUACGGAAACGACUCGUACGGAGGACUCAGCGGCCGUGACGUGAUGUGCUGCGCUGUGGGUCUCUUCGAGGUCCAGAAGCACACCUACCUGAAGCGCCGCAUCGAUCAGGUGCGCCGCCUGGCCGAGGAGUUCGCCAAGGAAGGCCUGCCCGUGGUGCUGCCCGCUGGAGGCCACGCCGUGUACCUGAACAUGGACGAGUUCUUCAAGGGAAUCCCCUACAUGACUCCUCUCGCCUUCCCCGGAGUGGGCUUCUGCAUCGAGCUGCUGCGCAACUACGGAAUCCGCGCUUGCGAGCUGGGUCCGUUCGCCUUCGAGUACGAUCAGAAGACUCCCGAGGAGCAGAAGGGAGUGCUGAACUUGGUGCGAUUCGCCGUGCCUCGCAACCAGCUGAACGAUUCGCACAUCAACUACACUGCCAAGGCCUGCAAGGCCGUGUAUGAUGCUCGCAAGGAGAUUCACCCCGUGGCGGUGGUCCGUGGAGCCGAGCUGCGCCUGCGCCACUUCCAGUCCGGAAUUGCGCCUCUGCCCAUUCCCGAGGAGAAGUAAAGUAAAUCAAGGAAAUGAGCAAGAAACAUAAUAGCUUGUAAUUGGUUAUUGGUU